AUGAAGAAUGAAGGCUAUUUACCAAAUGUCUUUCAUUAUAGCUCUAUGCUUAAUGCUUAUUCUAUAAGUGGGAACUACAAAGAGGCUGAUGAUUUGGUUCAGGAUAUGAAAUCUGCAGGGUUAGUACCUAAUAAGGUUAUUUUGACAACUUUAUUGAAGGUUUAUGUCAGAGGUGGGCUGUUUGAAAAAUCAAGAGAACUAUUAGCUGAACUGGAAGCUUUGGGUUAUGCUGAAGAUGAGAUGCCAUACUGCUUAUUGAUGGAUGCCCUUGCUAAGGCUGGGCGCAUACAUGAAGCUAAAUUGGUUUUUGAUGAAAUGAAGGGGAAGUCCAUCCGAUCAAAUGGCUAUUCAUACAGUAUCAUGAUUUCAGCUUUCUGCCGAGGUGGGCUUCUGGAAGAUGCAAAGCAGUUGGCUAAGGAUGUUGAAAGAACUCAUGACAAAUUUGACUUGGUUAUGUUGAAUACAAUGAUCUGUGCCUAUUGUAGAGCAGGUGAAAUGGAUAGUGUAAUGGAAAUGUUGAGAAAAAUGGAUGAACUAAAAAUCACUCCUGAUUAUAAUACCUUCCAUAUCCUAAUAAAAUACUUCUGUAAGGAGAAGUUAUACCUGCUUGCUUAUCAGACCAUGGAGGACAUGCACAACAAGGGACACCAACCAGAUGAGGAACUUUGUUCCUCCUUAAUGUUUCUUCUUGGUAAGAUAAGAGCAUAUUCAGAAGCAUAUUCUGUUUACAAUAUUCUAAGAUAUAGCAAGAGGACAAUGUGCAAGGCCCUUCAUGAGAAGAUUCUGCACAUUCUACUGGCAGGACAGCUUCUCAAAGAUGCUUAUGUAGUAGUCAAGGACAAUGCAGGGUUGAUUUCUAAGCCUGCUGUUAAAAAGUUUUCAACUGCCUUUCUGAAGUUGGGAAACAUCAACUUGAUAAAUGAUGUGUUGAAGGUAAUUGACGCUUCUGGCUGCAAGAUUGAUCAGGGACUAUUUCAGAUGGCCAUAUCACGCUAUAUCGCACUCCCUGAGAAAAAGGAAUUGCUUAUUCAAAUGCUACUGUGGAUGCCAGGACAAGGUUAUGUUGUUGAUUCAGCUACAAGAAACCUAAUACUGAAAAACUCUCACUUAUUUGGUCGCCAACACAUUGCGGAUGUACUGUCGAAGCAACAUAUGAUUUCAAAAGCUUCAAAAUCUCGUAAGAAGGAUAACUUAGUUUGA